AUGCGCACGGUCCCACCCUCACCCACCCACCUUGCCGCUGGACUUGUCGAUGGCAAUCACGUCGCCAGCAGUGACCUUCUCCUUUUGUAUCGCCUCGAUCAUCUUCGCGCCGAGAUCGUAGAUGGUCUCCAUCUCCGUCGUCUUCAUCGUGAGCUUGCCCUGUGA